GCGGUGCGGUGGCGGCAGUGGCAGCGGCGGCGGCGGCGGCAGCAGCAGCGGGUUCCCCUCGCUCCGCGCCGCUCAGCGCUCCCCCGCCCCCCCCCCCGCCCCCUCCCCGGCGCUGCCGGCCGCCCCCAUGGCCACCAAAAUCGACAAGGAGGCGUGCAGGGAGGCGUACAACCUCGUCAGGGACGAUGCCACCGAGGUGAACUGGGUGACUUUUAAAUACAACGGCUCUACAAUCGUCCCUGGAGACCAAGGGGUAGACUAUGAAACCUUUAAGAGGAAGUGCACAGAUGAUGUUCGAUUGUUCGGCUUUGUCCGAUUCACCACCGGUGAUGCCAUGAGCAAGCGAGUCAAGUUUGCCCUCAUCACUUGGAUUGGAGAGGAUGUCAGUGGCCUGCAGAGAGCCAAAACUGGGACUGACAAGACUCUGGUCAAAGAAGUAGUACAGAACUUUGCCAAAGAAUUUGUGAUCAGUGACCACAAAGAGCUGGAUGAGGAUUACAUCAAGAACGAGCUGAAGAAAGCAGGGGGGGCUAAUUAUGAUGCACAGACUGAGUAAAUACACCAACCUCCUGGCACCAUCACCUGGAUCUCAAAGGGAGGGGGAAGGCACAACAAACUAACACAACUGAGAGAUCAGGCAACUGAAAUCCCUGCUUGCUGUGUCUGCACCUAAGAACUCCCUUCCUUUCCAUACGACGGACUUUCAUUUUCCAUUCCAUCUCAUGCAACAUCCCUCUCUGGGGCUCUGGGUUUCCCUCUCCCAUUGUUUUUUUACUCAAAACUGUCCCUGUUCUCUCAUCUCUGGAAUUUAGGUUUGGCUCUGCUUUGGUCCUGUUCAGCAUUGUGUUUGUAGAGGCUUGCCAUCAUGUCCUUCCUAGUAUGUGUGCAUGUCCCUGAGUUUUAGCUGGGCUUAACCUGGUCUCUGAAAAGAGAAAGUUUUGAGGGAGUUCUGAACAUCCAUUAUUUUGAUUUCUAAUUUGUUCUCACUGAUAUUUUUGGGAAUAAUAUUUUUUGCUGUUCUAGGCUCAGGCCAACUUGAGUUGACUUCACUCAGACUUUGAUUACAUUGUCUAAGGUUAAAUGUCCAGCUGAGAUGUUCUUUAACAGCUUAAAAAACAAAGCAAACAAACAAAAAACAAAUCUUCAACUCUUAAUAAUUUGCCUUAAACAUUGCUUGACAGUUGCUAUGCUACGUGCUGCAUCUCUGCCCCUCCCUCUUAAAAAUAAGAUCCAACAUGGUCCAAAUGUGGAGGUUUUGUUGGUUUUUUAGGAUGUAUCAUGGCACAGUAAUUGAGGGCCUUAGAAAUGCCUGGACACUUGUUGACUAUUUUGUGUACAUUGGUCACUGGGUUUGUAUUUGACUUUCCUAAUGCUGGGGCUCAGGAGGUGAAACUGAAAUGCAUAGAUUUUCUUUUUAAAUAAUGUCUGCAAAAAACAGCAGCUGCUGAAUCCUAGCAGCCUUCUCUGCCCAUGUCCCCUCCUCUUCUUUUGCAGUUAAAGACAACAUCUUAAGUUAUUUGGGGCCUUCAGGCAGUGAACCAUCCUGCAGCUGUGACCAGGGGAUAGAGCAGGGCAGCUCUGUCCCAGUCAGGAUGAAACAGCAGAGGCUCAGAGAUAACCUGGGCACAGUUUGUUUUGUACCAAACUGUUUGUUUGGGGGGCUUCUUUGUAUGGCUUUUUUUUUUGUCCAUCAAAGGUAACUGUCCCCAGAAUUAGGUGCAGGGGGAAACUGUGUUGUACUGGGGCUUGGGAGUCAAUGCUAUAAACCCAUUCCGAAAUAAAUGUUUUUCAAGAACA